GAAUCUGUAACGCGGUUUUCAGCUUUUCUCUCUUAAAACACCUGAAGAUUAGAGAGAGAGAAGUAAGGUCGGGAAGGAAAAGGCGAAGAAAAUGGUGAUCAGUACCACCGUGCCCGUGCAGAACUCCGACGAGAGUGUUCAUUCGACCUUCGGCUCUCGCUAUGUUCGUUCCUGUCUCCCAAGGUUCAGGAUGCCGGAAAACUCGAUACCGAAGGAGGCGGCGUACCAGAUCAUAAACGACGAGCUGAUGCUUGACGGGAACCCGAGGCUGAAUCUGGCGUCGUUCGUGACGACGUGGAUGGAGCCAGAGUGCGAUCGACUGAUGACGCAGGCCAUCAACAAGAACUACGUUGACAUGGACGAGUAUCCCGUCACCACCGAACUCCAGAACCGGUGCGUGAACAUGAUCGCGCAUCUCUUCAACGCGCCGGUGGGAGAGGAGGAGACGGCGGUGGGGGUGGGGACGGUGGGGUCGUCGGAGGCGAUCAUGCUGGCGGGGCUGGCGUUCAAGAGGAAGUGGCAGAUCAAGAGGAGAGCGGAAGGGAAGCCGACGGACAAGGCCAACAUCGUGACGGGGGCGAACGUGCAGGUGUGUUGGGAGAAGUUCGCCCGCUACUUCGAGGUGGAGCUGAAGGAGGUGAAGCUGAGGGAGGGCUACUACGUCAUGGACCCCCUCAAGGCCGUCGAGAUGGUGGACGAGAACACCAUCUGCGUCGCCGCCAUCCUCGGGUCCACCCUCAACGGCGAGUUCGAAGACGUCAAGCUCCUCAACGACCUCCUAACCCAGAAGAACAAGGAAACCGGGUGGAACACACCCAUUCAUGUCGACGCAGCGAGCGGUGGAUUCAUUGCUCCAUUCUUGUACCCCGAAUUAGAAUGGGAUUUCAGGCUGCCAUUGGUGAAGAGCAUCAACGUCAGUGGGCACAAGUAUGGGCUGGUGUAUGCUGGUGUUGGAUGGGUUGUCUGGAGGAGCAAGGAAGACCUACCUGAGGAUCUCAUAUUCCACAUCAACUAUCUGGGGGCCGACCAACCCACUUUCACCCUCAAUUUCUCCAAGGGUUCCAGCCAGAUCAUUGGGCAGUACUACCAAUUCAUUCGCCUCGGAUUCGAGGGUUAUAAGAAUAUCAUGGAGAAUUGCAUGGAGAACGCCAAAGCAUUGCGAGAAGGAAUUGAAAAAACUGGUCGAUUUGAGAUUGUCUCAAAAGAGAUGGGCGUCCCACUUCUGGCAUUUGCUCUAAAAAAUACUUCUAAGCAUGAUGUGUUUGAGAUAUCAGACAGCCUACGACGAUUUGGAUGGAUAGUGCCAGCUUAUACGAUGCCAGCAGAUGCUCAACACAUUGCAGUACUUCGUAUUGUUGUCCGUGAGGACUUCAGCAGAAGCUUAGCGGAGAGGUUGGUCUCUGACUUGCAGAAAGUUCUGAAAGAGCUGGAUUCUCUUCCAUCCAAAGUCCCAGUUCCUGUUGCUCCAACCAAGGCAGAUGGCUCGGAGAAUGCAGAGAAAAUAACCAAGUAUUGGAUGAAGCUUGUUGCCAAAAACAAGACCAGUGGAGUGUGCUGAAAAUCUGCUGCUUUAUUUUCUUGUUGUUUGGUUGCAGAACUACGUUGAAGGUGUGAGAGAGAGACUGCAAGGGGAAUAACCAAGUGCUUAAGGAAGCUUAGCUCUGCAAGCAUGGGCUUAGAUAUGCUAUAAGUGUGUUAUUUUCCCUGGUUCCUUGCUUUUUCAGUUGACAUUCAAUAAAUAAGUAGAAUUUCUAUGACAAGUGUAAGUCUAUGACAUGAGUGCAGGUGACUGUCUUGUUUGUUUCGUAGUUUUGUACUCGUGUGACUGUAACUUGUGUUCAAUGAAUUAUUAUUUCAUUGUAUAGUA